AUGCGGCCGCCGCUUGCGCGCUCCCUUGCCGUUCUUCUCCGCGCGCCCGCUUCCGCGCUCCUUUCCCAUCCCGCCUUCCACUCAUCCUCGUCGUUCCCCUAUUCCCCGCCCCAUUCUCGUGUGCAGCUCGGCGUGUGUGUGACGGUGCUGAAGCAGCAGUGUCGCGAGCAUGGCAUCGCCCGAUGGCCGUUCCGCAAGAUCCGUAAGCUGGACCACAUGCUGUGCGCGCUCGAGGGGGCAGUCAACCGCCCGGGAGCGGCGAGCAGCAGCAAGUCCGCGCUAACGGCGCAGCAGGCGCACACGAACCACAAGCGGAAGCGCAAGAUCGGCGCGGUCAAGGAGACGCUGUCGGGGCUCUUGACGGAUCCCAACUCCGCGGCGCACCUGCGCCUCGGCAAGAUUAAGUACAAGCGCUUCCGGCCGUUCCUCGCGGAAGAUGAUCGGAACAUUCGUCCGCGGCCUCUGCACGCGUCGGCUCCACACAUCCUGUUUCUCCUCGCCUCUCCCCACACCGCUCUCCACUCCUACGUCCUCUCGUCACCUCCCGCCUUUGAGCGCGCUCCCCCCUUUGUCGCUCGAGCCGUGCAGCGCGCUGCCAAGCGCGCGCGCUCUUCCCCGCUCCUUGCUCUCCCCGCUUGCCUCCGCUGUGAGCGCCAAUCCGUUUUCCUCGCCGCUGCACCUGCCGUCACUCCCAUCCCUUCCACUCGCGUCGCCGUUCUGCCUGGACGAUGA